AUAAAACCCGGGACCUGAACACCAAGUUAGGUGCACACGAGGUGGAUCUGGGCUUUAAGGUGACAUCCGAAAACGGGUUAUCAGGUCGUGGACUCAUUACACGGGGACUGGAUAUAUAUACAAGGGAGCCUCGGGGAAGGAGGUAUCCAUGGGAUUGACCCCAGGAACCGCAGCUGCUGGCCCCUGAACAGCGGAUCCCAGGGAACAUGGCUGAAGCACAACAGGCCUCUAGCUUGCUGUCGGCACUGAGCUCUGAUGGGGCAGAAGUAGAGCUCACCUCCCCGGUGUGGCAGGAGAUUUACCUCUCAGGCCUGCGCUCCUGGAAAAGGCAUCUCUGGCGUGUCUGGAACGACUUUCUUACUGGUGUGCUCCCUGCAAGCCCCCUCAGUUGGCUCUUCCUCUUCAGUGCAAUCCAGCUUGCUUGGUUCCUCCAGCUGGAUCCUUCCCUAGGACUGACGGAGAAGAUUAAAGAGUUGCUUCCAGACUGGGGUGGACAGCACUAUCAACUCCGGGGGCUUCUGGCAGCAGCGCUGUUUGCCUCGUGUCUGUGGGGAGCCCUGAUCUUCACACUUCAUGUGGCUCUGAGGCUGCUUCUGUCCCACCAUGGCUGGCUCCUGGAACCUCAUGGCACCAUGUCCUCACCCACGAAGACCUGGCUGGCACUGGUCCGAAUCUUCUCCGGGAGACACCCAAGGCUGUUUAGCUUCCAACGGGCCCUUCCGCGACAGCCAGUGCCCACAGCGCAGGAGUCCGUGCGCAAGUACCUGGAGUCGGUACGCCCGGUGCUUGGAGACGACGCCUUUGACCGCGCUGCUGCUCUGGCAAGCGACUUCCUGAGGCUGCAGGCGCCAAGGCUGCAGCGCUAUCUGCGCCUCAAGUCCUGGUGUGCUUCCAACUACGUGAGUGACUGGUGGGAGGAGUUUGUGUACCUGCGCUCCCGAGGCUCGCUGUUGGUCAACAGCAACUACUACUUGAUGGAUUUCCUGUAUGUCACGCCCACACCGCUGCAGGCUGCCCGCGCAGGCAAUGCCGCCCAUGCCCUGCUCCUGUACCGCCACCUUCUGAACCAGCAGGAGAUCCCACCGACACUGCUGAUGGGAAUGCGGCCCUUGUGUUCUGCCCAGUUCGAGAGGAUAUUCAACACCACACGGGUGCCAGGGCUGGAAAAAGACUACCUCCGUCACGUCCAGGACAGCCGACAUGUGACUGUCCUCCACCGGGGCCGAUUCUUUCGUGUCAGGACCCACUUUUCCAAUGACCUGCUGUCCCCACGGGCUCUAGAGCAACAGUUCCAGCAAAUCCUAGAUGACCCAUCCCCGGCUUGUCCCCUUGAGGAACAUCUAGCAGCUCUGACUGCUGCUCCCAGGAGUAUGUGGGCCCAGGCUCGAGAGUUAGUGAAGACUCAUGCUGCCACUGCCCUGGAGGCCGUGGAAGGGGCCGCCUUCUUCGUGUCCCUUGAUUCUGAGCCCGCGGGACUGACCAGGGAGGAUCCGGCAGCUUCCUUGGAUGCCUACGCCCAUGCUCUGUUGGCUGGCCGAGGUGAUGACCGCUGGUUUGACAAAUCCUUCACCCUCAUCGUCUUCUCCAAUGGGAAGCUGGGCCUCAGCGUGGAACACUCCUGGGCUGACUGCCCUAUCUCAGGACAUAUGUGGGAGUUUACCCUGGCCACAGAUUGCUUCCAGUUGGGGUACGCAGCAGAUGGCCACUGUAAGGGGCAGCCUGACCCCACUCUGCCACAGCCCCAGCGCCUGCAGUGGGACCUUCCAGAGCAGACCCAUGCCCAGCUCUACCUCUGCCCUGAGGGUAAUGCCAGUCAUUUCUCCUACCUCCUUCUCUGGCAGCUCCAGCCGUCCAUCUCUCUGGCCCUGAGGGGAGCUAAGAUCUUAUCCGGCAACAUCGACUGCCACGUCUUCCCCUUUCCCCACUUCGGCAAGAACUUCAUCAAAAGUUGCCAUGUCUCUUCGGACAGUUUCAUCCAACUGGUCCUGCAGCUGGCUUACUUCCGGGACAGGGGUCAGUUCUGCCUGACUUAUGAGUCAGCCAUGACCCGACUGUUCCUGGAAGGCAGAACAGAGACGGUGAGGUGCUGUACCAGGGAGGCCUGCCACUUUGUGAGAGCGAUGGAAGACAAGGAGAAGACAGACCAGCAGCGCCUUGCCCUGUUCCGAGUAGCCGUGGACAAGCACCGGGCUCUACUGAAGGCAGCAAUGAGCGGGCAGGGGACUGACCGCCACCUCUUCGCGCUUUACAUCAUGUCCCGAUUCCUCCAUAUGCCGUCACCCUUCCUGACCCAGGUCCAAUCACAGCAGUGGCCGCUGUCCACCAGCCAGAUCCCUGUGCAGCAAGCGCACAUGUUUGACGUCCACAAUUACCCUGAUUAUGUCUCCUCUGGAGGUGGAUUUGGGCCUGCCAGCGACCAUGGGUAUGGCAUCGCCUAUAUCUUCACGGGAGAAAACAUGAUCACCUUCCAUAUCUCCAGCAAGAAGUCGAGCACAGAAACAGACUCGCAGCGGCUGGGGCAGCACAUCGAGGAUGCCCUGCUGGAUGUAGCCACCCUGUUCCAGGCCGGGCAGCAUCUCAAGAGCCGGUUCAUGGCACUUGGGGGGAACUCGGGAUACAGACAUGGCUUUCUCUCCAGUAAGCCUGUGGACCCCAAGGUCCCCACAACCUCCACCAACUUUUGAGCUCCUCAGCAGGGAGCUGGUCUCCCUUAGGAAGGAGUGUGCUGUUCCCAGGGCUCGACUGGCACAGACAGGGGUAUGGGGACCCCCACAGCCACCUGGUAAUAAAGAUACGUAAGUUGGG